UAUAAUAGAGAGGAGUGGAGGCGGCAAGCGAGGCCACCAGUGUUCAAAAUUUUCCCCGAAAACUUUCGUCGUCUCGCUCUCGCAUCCUCCCCUUCCCGCUCUCCGCUCCUCUUCGCUAACUUGUUCCCGCGCGGCGAAGGUCCGGGAGCCUGCGGCGGCGGGUAGCCUUUCGCAGGGCUCUGCUCCGGUCCCGCUCGAGCCUCCGUGUCCUCCUCUCCGGAGCGGGGCACCCCUCCGGGGUCUCGUUGGGCGGAGCUAGGGUUUGUCCGCCUCGGGCGCUGGGGAUCGGCGAGAUCUAGGGUUUCAAGCUCAGGAGAGGGUUUAAAUUUUUCAAGAGGGAAGAUUGAACUGGAUGGCUGCUGCUGAGUAGCGUAAAACAAUGAAAGCUCAUCAGCAGCAUUGUAAUGCAACUGACACAGGAACAAAGACCAAAUUUGGUUGCAAUAAGAUGCAAAGCCUGAAACCUAGCACACAUAUCAACAAAUCGUCAGGCAAUGUUGCUGUGAAAUGUAGAAGGGGAGCUGGUUUCUCACCUGGCCAAUCAUAUACUGAAAGUGAGGUAGCAUUAAAGACUGGCAGUCUUAUGGUAGCACCAUCCAGCGAUUCUAAGAAGUAUUUUGCUCGGCCACCAAAUCACUAUGGAAAGAUCAAGCUUCAACUUUUCCCAAUAGAUGAGUCCAUUCAAAAGAUUUUGCAGCAAGAGAAACACAACCCUUACCUGGAAUUGACUCUGGGUCCUCGAAAGAAGAUAUCCUCAGUUGUGCAGCAUCUGAACACAAAGUGGGGCAGUUCUCAGUGUGCAAAAGGGGAGCUCAUGCUCUUCCCCUAUGAUGCUAGACUGGAUAGCAUAGAAAAGUGGACUCUUAAGGAUUCUUGCACGGCCGGUGAUGUGCAUGUUGCAGUUGGCAGCCCUUCGGUAUUUCGUUUAAGGUAUGGUUGGUUUGGGGCCAAUUUGAAGCAACAAAGCAGUGGAUCAUCUUUGGCAUCAGUGCACUCUGCAGACAAGACUAUUGGCAACAAGCCUUCAGAUCUUGUUUUCAGUGAACAGAAACAUAUGAUGGGUUCCGGUGAAUUCCCAAGUAACUUUGUGUUACCAUCCAUUGUGGAUAACACAAAUACAGUGCAGGCAGUGGAUAAUCAAAGCAAAGUGGCACCACUUUCAUGGAUUGACUGCAUAUCUAAUAUAAGUUUUGGUGCACUGUUAUCUGAAGCUGCACCUUCUCAAGACAGCAAACAAUUGCCUUCACAAAAUAACUUGAAUCUCCAGCACAUCCCUGCUACAUGUGAUUCAUUUGAUGCUGCUAUUGCUUCUCUGAUUGCUCGCCAGCAAGCAAGUAACCAACCGAGGGUGUCGAAUCCAUCCCUUUGGGACGCCGAAGAAACUUGUCAUGCAUUUCCGUUCCAGAAUCAAACUUCAAAAAGGGCAUCAAGUUCAGUUCCCGGCAACAGUGGUGCUACUAUUACCUCGUCUGUCCUGGGUGCAAUUCCAGAAACUGGCACAGAUGAUGCAGUGCUCUACUAAAGGUGGGAAACAGGAACUGAACAUUCAGACACCAGUAUUGACCAAUGAUCAUAAUGCAAAACCAGAUAUCUCAAUGGUACCAAUUAGGAUCCCUAACGAACAUUGAUAUGCUAAACUUUCUUAGGUCUUCCAAUUGCUGGUGUGAUUCUUAUAUAUAUUGUGGCCUACUUACUUUCAGCAUGAGUUCUCUGGCAACCCAGAGCUUGGAGUAUCUCGUUCUAGACUUUUGAGUGGAACCAACAGUUUAGAGCUAAGCGGUUUACUCACAAGCAGCUUGGAUGCAUUCCAGAACUUCUCUGUUUCCUGAAGUUCAGACAUCCAUAUGGAAGAACUAGGUUUAUACAGUAUGGACGAGCUGAAGGUAUAGCUUCACUGGGUUUCUGCUUCAUUGAGAGAACUAAUUAUUUUGGGCUUGCUGAAGCCACAUCAGUAGAUAAAUUACAGAUCGUAGUCAUGUAAACAUUUUACUAAUUGCUAGUUUGCUACUUGUAUAUUCUCAAAUUGCGAAGAAUCUGUGUCUUGGUUUUUAACAUUUUCAUCGCAUCCGAUUGCAGUUUGUUUAGUUGCACACAUUUGCUCCUUGGGAACAUUGAUCAACUGAGGUAAUAGUGCAAUAACAAGUGGUAAUCUGCCUCUUCAGCUGAA